CUUGUCGGAAACGGUGCCGCUGUGCUCGCGACUUUCACCUUUCUCUCACAGCAGCGAAAACACCCCGGGUUGCACGACCGGUGGUUUGGUUUGGCGAAUAAUCACGAAUAACUCCCUACAACCCCGUCGGCACUCGGGUUUCCCGCCGUGCAAUUCGGCCGAUCGCUAAACCCGCGACAACUUCUACCAAAGGUCGUUCAGACAUUGAAUGCGAACACGCGGCACUCGUCAACUUCAAGUGACAACAAGGUGCUGGGUAUUGAACUGGUCGAGGCACCCGAAACCCUCUUAUUCCAGCACAAACGCCUGCCCGAACUCUCUGUCUGGCCUGAGCCCACCUAGCCUCUGGCCGGAGCACGACAGCCGACUAUGGGUCAGCGACAACCGACACAGCGCUUCAACGCUUGACGAGAUCACCUAGUCCUUCCGCGAGAUCAGAAGAAACCCACGACCUCACCAAGAUGUCGAUCAUCAGAGAUCAAGCGGCCACCGCGCUGGACCAGUACAUCAAAGAAGUCAGGAAUCGAAGCUAUGCCGAAGAUCAACGAAAGCGCGCUGCGCGACAGGUCCGAGACCUCGUCAACAUUGCAAAGCAAGAGAUGGGCGCCGAACAAUUUCAACGAUUCUUCGACACCGUCAAUCAAAGGACCAUGUCCCUGAUCCAAGGCACCGAUACGUAUGAUAAGAUGGGCGGCGUCUACAUCCUCGACGCCUUAGUAGACUUUGAGGGCAUCGAGCCCGCGCUCAAAUACAGUCGCUUCCAGCAAUACAUCGGAACUAUACUACGCGGGAAGGAUCUCAAUCCCAUGCAACCUGCCGCUGUGGUCCUGGGCAAGAUGUGCAAACCAGGCGGCUCUCUGAUAUCGGAGCUUGUUGACGCCGAGAUGCACACCGCGCUUGAGUGGCUACAGUCAGAUCGCGUCGAGGAGAGGCGAUACAGUGCGGUCUUGGUUCUCCGCGAGUUGGCGAGGAAUGCGCCUACCUUGAUGUAUCCUUACGUCGGCUUCGUCUUUGAUCAAAUCUGGAUCGGCCUGCGGGAUCCACGCCACUUGAUCCGAGCCACCUCGAGCGAAACUGUCAGCGCCUGCUUCAAGAUAAUCCGGGAGCGUGAUCAGGAGAUGAAGCAGGAAUGGAUGGAUAAGAUGUUUACGGAAGCGGUGAAGGGCCUCAAGACGAACACCGUCGAAUACAUCCACGCCUCUCUCCUCGUUCUCAAGGAGCUUCUUGAGCAGGGAGGCAUGUACAUGCAGAACCACUAUCAAAACGCCUGCGAGAUCGUUUUCCGCCACAAAGACGCGCGCGAUGCCGCGAUCCGCAAGACGGUCGUUUUUCUUAUUCCAGAUUUGGCCAACUACGCCCCUACCGAAUUCGGCGCGACCUACUUGCACAAGUUCAUGGUUUACCUCUCCAGCAUGCUCAAGAAGGAGAAAGAAAGGAACGAUGCGUUCCUGGCCAUUGGCAACAUCGCCAACUCCGUCAAGAGCUCCAUCGCGCCUUAUCUCGAUGGCGUCCUGAUCUACGUCCGUGAAGGGCUCAGUGUGCAGUCCCGCAAACGAGGCUCUGUCGACCCCGUGUUCGAUUGCAUCAGCCGGCUCGCAGUAGCAGUGGGUCAAACUCUGAGCAAGUACAUGGAGGCGCUGCUCGACCCCAUCUUCGCUUGCGAGCUCACACCGAAGCUAACUCAGGCGCUGGUCGACAUGGCUUUCUACAUCCCUCCUGUCAAGGGUACCAUACAAGAGCGCCUGCUCAACAUGCUGAGCAAGGUCCUUUGUGGAGAACCCUUCCGGCCGUUGGGGGCACCUCACCCAAACCCACUCUCUUCUAUCCCGCCCAUUCCCAAAGAUCCGAAGGACCCGUCAGUGCACGAACGAGGAAAGGCCGAGGUGAAGCUUGCCUUAAACACCCUCGGCAGCUUCGACUUUUCAGGUCACGUCCUAAACGAGUUUGUCCGCGAUGUCGCCAUCAAAUACGUCGAGGAUGACGACCCGGAAAUCCGCGAGGCCGCCGCGCUUACCUGCUGCCAGCUAUAUGUGCGGGAUCCUAUCGUUAACCAAACCAGCUACCACGCUUUGCAGGUCGUCGCCGAUGUCGUUGAGAAAUUGUUGACAGUGGGCGUCUCAGAUCCUGAGCCUAAAAUCCGCCGAACCGUCCUUGCCGCCCUCGACGAACGUUUUGAUCAGCAUCUCGCCAAGGCUGAGAACAUACGUACCCUAUUUUUCGCUCUUCAUGACGAGCAGUUCGCGGUCAGGGAGGUUGCCGUGUCAAUUAUCGGUCGGCUAGCUCGCCAUAACCCGGCAUAUGUCAUCCCCCAACUGCGCAAGACUAUCAUACAGAUGUUGACUGAGCUGGAAUACACGGACGUGGCGAGAAGUAAGGAGGAGAGCUCGAAGCUGCUCAGCCUUUUGACCCAGCACGCCCAAGACCUAGUCAAGCCUUACGUCAGCUCCAUCACCGAAGUCCUCCUGCCAAAAGCUUCUGACCCGACCCCGUCUGUCGCGGCCACCAUUCUCGAGGCGAUUGGCGAGCUCUGCACAGUUGGGGGAGCGGAGAUGCUUGCUUACAAGGACACGCUCAUGCCCAUUAUCAUUGACGCAUUGCAGGAUCAAAGCGCGCCCAUCAAACGGGAGGCAGCCCUUCACACCCUAGGGCAACUGGCCAGCAAUGCCGGCUACGUCAUCAAACCCUAUCUCGAAUAUCCGCAGCUGCUCGAAAUUCUGCAAUCCAUCAUACGGGGCGAGCCCCAACACGGCCCGCUGCGGCAGGAAACGAUCAAGCUUAUGGGGAUUCUGGGCGCACUGGAUCCUUACAAACAUCAGCAGGUCGAAGAGCGGACGCCGCAAACCCAACGUCGCCCCGAGGCUACCCAGUUAACCGAUGUGUCCCUCAUGAUGGGGGGGCUCACCCCGUCGCAGGAAGACUAUUACCCCACGGUCGUUAUCAACGCCCUACUUCAAAUCCUGAAGGACCAGUCUCUGUUACAGUGGCAUGGCAAUGUUGUCGACGCUAUCAUGAGUAUCUUCAUCACUCUGGGACUCAAGUGCGUUCAGUUCCUUGACCGGGUGGUCCCCGCUUUCAUUGCCGUCAUUAGAGCCUCGAGCCCGGCGAGACUCGACUACUACUUCAACCACCUGAGCAGACUCGUUGGCAUCGUGCGCCAGCAUAUCCGUGUCUACCUCCCCGACAUCAUCGAGGUGCUGCAGGAAUUUUGGAACACAACGUCUUCGCUGCAGACCACCAUCAUGGCGCUCAUUGAGUCGAUCUCUCGGUCGCUGGAGGGCGAGUUCAAGAUUUAUCUUGCCAGUUUACUCCCCUUGGUCCUCGGGGUAUUGGAAAGGGAUACGAGCACAAAGCGUCAGCCCACAGAGAAGAUAUUCCACGCCUUCUUAGUCUUCGGCUCCAGCGCGGAAGAAUACAUGCAUCUCAUCAUCCCCAUUCUGGUACGGCUAUUCGACAACCCAGCGCAGCCCAUGUUCCUGCGCAAGUCGUCAAUCGAGACGAUUGGCAAACUCUCAAGCAUGGUCAACCUCAACGACUACGCAUCCAAGAUCAUCCAUCCCUUAACCAGGGUCCUCGCCAGCCAGGAGCCCAGCCUCCGGGUGGCCGCCCUUGACACUCUUUGUGCGCUUAUGCUACAGCUAGGGCGUGACUACUUGCAUUUUGAGCACACGGUCGAGAAGACCAUCACCAUGUACGGUAUCCAACAUUCCAACUACGACAAGGCGGUAGAAAAGCUUAGGAAGGGCGAGGCGCUCCCCCAGAAUCUUGCCCCCCGGUUUGAGGACAACUCUGUGGAACCGUACACAUCUGAGAACAACCCACCGAAGAAGCUCGAUCUAAAUCCCGUGCAUCUGAAACAGGCAUGGGAAACCAAGGGGAAGGCCACCAAGGACGACUGGCACGAAUGGUUCCGCAAGUUCAGCACGACUCUACUCUCAGAGUCGCCGAACCACUCCCUCCGAGCCUGUGCCAGCCUGGCCAGCAACUACCAACCUCUAGCCCGGGAGCUCUUCAACUCCGCCUUCGUCUCUUGUUGGAGUGAACUCUACGACUCCUACCAGGAGGAACUCAUUACGAACAUCGAAAACACCAUCAAGUCCGAGAAUGUGCCCCCUGACCUUCUCGGCCAACUUCUUAAUCUAGCAGAGUUCAUGGAGCAUGAUGACAAGGCACUUCCCAUCGAUAUCCGCAUCUUGGGACGCGAAGCGGCGAGAUGCCACGCCUACGCCAAAGCACUUCACUAUAAGGAGCUUGAAUUUCUGCAAGACCAUAACAGUCACGCGGUGGAGGCCCUCAUCGUGAUCAACAAUCAGCUACAGCAGUCGGAUGCUGCUAUCGGCAUUUUGCGCAAAGUUAAGGCCUACAAGGACGGGAUCCAACUACGAGAGAGCUGGUUCGAGAAACUAGAGCGUUGGGAUGAGGCACUCAACUUCUACUGUCAGAGAGAGCGGGAACUCCCAGAGGACCAGCCCACGCCCGUCGACAUCGUCAUGGGCAAAAUGCGCUGUUAUCACGCACUGGGCGAGUGGGAUUCGCUCGCCUCCUUGGCUGGCAAGACGUGGGCCAAUUCGGGCCCGGAAAUUCAGCGAAGGAUUGCGCCAUUGGCGACCACAGCAGCCUGGGGUCUUGGGAAAUGGGACUCCAUGGACACCUAUUUGCAAUCAAUGAAGCGCUUCUCGCCUGAUCGCGCCUUCUUCGGGGCUAUUCUUGCCCUGCAUCGGAACCAGUUUCGGGAAGCACUGGGCUGCAUCGAGCAGGCUCGCGAGGGUCUUGACACGGAGCUCAGCGCGCUCGUCAGCGAAUCGUACAAUCGCGCCUAUCAGGUCGUCGUGAGGGUCCAGAUGCUUGCUGAGCUAGAGGAGCUCAUAGUCUACAAGCAGUGUGGGCCCGAGAAGCGUGCCACCCUUCGGGCAACUUGGGAGACUCGCCUCAAGGGCUGCCAACGCAACGUCGAAGUCUGGCAACGAAUGCUUCGGCUGAGGUCUCUGGUGCUCACGCCGCAGGAGAAUAUGCACAUGUGGACAAAGUUUGCCAAUCUUUGCCGGAAAUCCGGGAGGAUGGGCCUCGCCGAAAAGUCCCUUAAGCAGCUCAUUGACACUGAUGCUCCACUGGAGUCUGUCAUUCCUUACUGGUUCGAGCAACCAACCAGCCCGGGCCUCGAACGGAUCGCGUCUCCGAUCGUAUAUGCAGUACUCAAGUUCCAGUGGGAAAUUGGCCAGCAGCCAGGUGUUCGAAGCUCAGACCGUGGCGUCGCCGAACGAACGCUCUAUUGCCUUCACAGGUUCACAGAGGAAACUGCCCACCGCGUGGAGAGCGCGAGGCUGCAGUUGAACGCCUCCGCCCAAGCCACAAAUGCCAUGGGCGACGGCCUAAACCACACAAGGUACGCCGACUUCGACGAGAGCGUCCUCGGCCCCGAUGCGCAACGCCAAUGGCUUGAACAAACCGUGCUCCUUGCCAAAUGCUAUCUUCGACAGGGAGAUUGGAUGAUCACGCUUGGUAAGAACGAUUGGCAACACACACGGCGCCAGGACAUCCUGGAUUGCUAUUCCAAGGCCACUCACUACCAUCCCCGGUGGUACAAGGCCUGGCACGCCUGGGCCCUGGCCAAUUUCGAGGUCGUUCAAGCUCUAGCAUCCAGGAAGGAGCUGGAAGGGCGGUCCGAGCACAACAUGAUCGUCCACCAUGUCGUUCCGGCCGUGCAUGGAUUCUUUGAGUCUAUCGCCCUCUCGUCUGGCAGCUCUUUACAAGAUACCCUUCGCUUAUUAACCCUGUGGCUCACCUAUGGUGGCUACCAGGAGGUUAUCACUGCCGUCACUGACGGGUUCGCGCAUGUCAGCGUCGAUACCUGGCUUGAGGUCAUUCCGCAGCUCAUUGCCCGCAUCAAUCAACCUAACAGGCGGGUCCAGGCGUCGAUUCACGCUCUACUGUCCGACGUCGGGCGGGCACACCCACAGGCGCUAGUAUACCCGCUCACCGUCGCAAUGAAGUCGAGGCAGAGCACGCGGCGAUCCAAGACGGCCAGCUUGAUCAUGGAGAGCAUGCGUCAACACAGUCCCAAGCUUGUGGAACAAGCCGACAUCGUAAGCCGUGAGCUUAUUAGAGUCGCGGUUUUGUGGCACGAACUCUGGCAUGAAGGGCUUGAGGAGGCCUCCCGCCUGUAUUUCGGCGACCACAACAUCCAGGGCAUGUUCGACGUCCUCGAGCCCCUCCACGACUUGCUCGAGAAGGGCCCAGCGACCCUCAGAGAGAUCUCCUUUACGCAAACGUUUGGCAGGGACCUGAGCGAGGCGCGCGAAUGGUGCCGCCAAUACCGUCAUUCCCAGGACGUGAACGACAUCAGCCAAGCCUGGGAUCUCUACUACCAAGUUUUCCGACGCAUUAGCCGACAGCUCCCCCAAAUGACGAGCCUCGAGCUGACAUACUGUUCCCCGGAUCUCCUCCAGGCUCGGGAUCUUGAGCUUGCAGUACCGGGCACGUACCGCAGCGGCCAGGAGAUUGUCAAGAUCAUGGGCUUUGAUGGCACCUUCAGCGUCAUUAGUUCAAAGCAGCGUCCCAGGAAACUUGCCAUAGUCGGAAGCGACGGAAAGACAUACACGUUCCUGCUCAAGGGUCACGAAGAUAUCCGGCAGGAUGAGCGCGUCAUGCAGCUCUUUGGUCUCUGCAACACGCUCCUGGCUAAUGAUUCCGAGUCCUACAAGCGGCAUCUCAACAUUCAGCGCUACCCAGCGAUCCCCUUGUCGCAGAAUUCGGGUCUGCUUGGCUGGGUUCCGAACAGCGAUACCGUUCACCAGCUCAUCCGGGAGUACCGGGAAUCCAGAAAGAUUCUCCUCAACAUCGAGCACCGGAUCAUGUUACAGAUGGCCCCAGACUAUGAUAACCUGACGCUGAUGCAGAAGGUCGAGGUUUUUGGCUAUGCGCUCGACAACACCACGGGUCAAGACCUGUACCGCGUUCUCUGGCUCAAGAGCAAGAGCUCGGAGGCCUGGUUGGACAGGAGAACCAAUUACACUCGUUCCCUCGGCGUCAUGUCUAUGGUCGGAUACAUUCUGGGCCUGGGAGACAGACACCCUAGUAAUCUGAUGCUCGACCGGAUCACAGGAAAAAUCAUCCACAUCGACUUCGGCGACUGUUUCGAGGUGGCCAUGAAGCGGGAAAAGUACCCGGAGAGAGUGCCCUUCAGGCUCACUCGCAUGCUCACUUAUGCCAUGGAGGUUAGCAACAUCGAGGGCAGUUUCCGCACAACGUGCGAGCAUGUGAUGAGGGUCUUGCGAGAUAACAAGGAGAGCGUGAUGGCUGUUUUGGAAGCAUUCAUCCACGAUCCACUGCUCACAUGGCGCCUCACAAAUCCGGCCAGCCCGCCUGGACCACAUUUCAACUCGGAACGGGAACAAGCCAUUGCUGGGCCACAAGCAGGGCGCGCGCGCCGGCCGUCGAUCCUCGACGGCCCCGUCCCCCCCGCCGAGUUCCUUGCCGCUCAGACCACCACAGGGGCGGACGGCAUGAUGGGUGUGCCCCCCGGUGCCCGCGGCCGCGCGCGUACCAAUUCCUCGGCCGCCGCACCAAGCAGCAUGGCAAACGGAAAUGGCGCGAAUGAGAUGGCCGAGGUGCAGAACGCACGAGCAGUUGAAGUACUCGACCGUGUUGCGCAGAAGCUUACCGGCCGGGACUUCAAACCGGAUGAUGAGCUCACGGUGAACGAGCAAGUCAACAAGUUGAUCAUCGAGGCUACUAAACUCGAAAAUCUCUGCCAGCACUACAUCGGGUGGUGCAGCUUCUGGUGAGACCGGCAACCGGCAAUGAGCCAUGCUCGCUGCAGGCAGCCGCCGCCACUACUUCUCCUUGUAGCAUAUGUAUCGGUUUUUCUAAGUCUGCGCUGGGGUUAGAGGCGCCUCGUUCUUACAUUUUCUGUGGCUAUCUCGUUGUUUCCUUUUCCCAUGGUGUUGUCCUGCCAGUUUCGAGGGUGGCAACCGGCAACCCGGCAUCUUAAACUUUGCAUAUGUUUUAUAUCCCCUUUCAAAUGUGAUAGGGUGCCCUAAUUCAUACAUUUCCCGGGUGGGCAGAUAGAGCCGGGCCUCCGGCAACCACCUUGCCCGGCAACAAAAGUAUGUCCUGUUUCCCCGCUCUCGAUGUCCUCCUGUACAGCAUA